UAUAGUAUAUAUAAUUAGAAUCAUUGUAGCGCUGUUAUCAUUGUCGGCUUUUCAAUGUUUUGAUUUUCGAUCCAGAGGAAAAACAUGUGUUAAAAUUUUUUCUAAACGCAUUUUUUUAUUAAAAAUACAAUAAUGGUGCGAAAUAUUCUGCAGUUAACAGAUAAAGCACAAAAUGUGUGGCACAUGUUGCACGGUACGAUCAUCCUUUAUAAACCACCCAGAGAAUAUAUGGCGCAAACUCUUCACACGGUUAAAGUUCAUUUAUGCAGAGAUUUGAAUACAAAUUUAAAACAACGUCCACCGAGGGAUCAUGUAUUUAUUGAGGGUCCAACGAAUAAAGAAAUGACAGUCACAGUUGGACCUAGUUGGGCUGACCAUCCUCUGUUGACGGGUCCUCGUUAUCGAAUCGAAGACGUUAAAAUGUUAGUGGCAAAUUGGUUGCAUUUUGAUAUGUCUGGUAUCCUUGUUGUUGGUAUCGGAAAGGGUACCAGAACUGCUCGUGCAAUCAGAGAUGCUAAACAUGCAAGGUUCUACAGAGUUAAAGGCAUUCUGGGACAAGCCACCGACAAUUAUUUCAUCAAUGGCAAAAUUGCAGAAAAAACAACUUACAAUCAUGUGCAUCGACAUCAUAUUGAUAUGAUCUGCGCUGCUAUGCAAUCUUCUCACCAAAAGGAAAUGUUCAAAAUAUGCGGCGUUCCACUGCAAAGUCAAGCAGCUUAUGACUUAGCAGUUCAAGGUCCAAUAAGGCCAGCUGAUAACAAAGUCCCAAUGGUAUAUUCUAUAAAGUGUGUUGACUUCAAACCUCCGGAAUUCACUCUCGAAAUUGUCUGUACGAACGAAGACCACAUGUUUUUGAAAAGCUUAGUUCACCACCUUGGAAUGGAAGUACGAAGUACAGCGACGUGUACUCUCAUUCAGUGUGUACGAUUUGGUAUUUUUAAUUUGGAGCACGCUCUUCUCAAGAAACAAUGGGAUCUUCGAUGCAUAACGGACAAUAUGGCGAGAGUAUUGAAACUACUUAAACAAAAUAAAUUCAUGACGCAUCAACAAGACCCCAUACUGAAAGAAUACUUUAGCGAGGAACAAAUAGAAUCCCAGAAAAUUCCACAGAUUGAGACUCAAGCUAAAUGAAAUUGUACAGAAAAACGAAUUAUGUCUAUAAAUAAUUGCUCUUUGUAUCCUCUUGUUUUCGAGUCGAUUUGAAGUGUCCCAACAAAUGUUCGAUCGUUCAGUUUGGUCAAGAAAAAAAGAACGGUGAAUAAGUUCUGAAAGAACUUGAAUAUGCAGUUUUAUAAUCUGAGGAAUUAAGAAAUGGUAUUAAAUCUGUAAAAUAUUAUUUUAAAAUUAAAAACAAAUUUUCGUUGUUUUCCAAUAA